AUGGCUACUAAGAAGCUGACUGCAGGAACUGAUGCAGCAGAGCAGCAGCUAGGGACCGAAGAGGCAUUGCUGAUUCUACCUCAUGGCUAUGACCCGGAUGAGGAGGAUGAGCCUGCGUACUGUUUUCUUGCCCCUGCACCUGAGGAACCAGCUAGCAUGGAGGAGGCAUUAGCUGGACCAGAUAGGGACAAGUGGCUGGCUUCUAGGGAUGCUGAGUACCAGAGUCUGCUGGAGAAUGGGACAUGGGAUCUGGUGGUGCUGCCUGAUGGGAAGAAAGCGAUACAAUGCAAGUGGGUGCUGAGGAUCAAGACCGAUGACAAGGGGCAGGUCACCAUCUACAAGAGUAGGCUGGUGGCGAAGGGGUUUAUGCAGAAGGAGAAGCAGGACUUCAACGAGAUCUUUGCUCCCACUGCCAAACCCCCUACCCUCCGUGUCUUGUUGGCAGAUGCAGCUGUUAGUGGGAAAUUCAUCAUUCAGAUGGAUAUUUCAACGGCAUUCCUGAAUGGGAUUUUAGAGGAGGAUGUGUACAUGACGCAGCCGCCUGGGUAUGAGGAUGGUACGGGCAGGGUGUGCAAGCUCAACAAGUCCAUCUACGGCUUGAAGCAGGCGCCACGCUGCUGGUACCAGAAGUUGGCAGCUGUUUUAGAGGAGAUGGGAUUCAGGACCAGCAGCUGUGAUGAGAGCCUCUUUCUCAAGGGCGAGGGGGAGAAGCUGGUGCUGUUUCUGGUCUAUGUGGACGACAUUCUUCUCUUCAGCAGCAGCAUGAAGGAGAUCCAGAAAGUGCAGCAGCAACUGAUGGAGAACUUCAAGUGCAAGAACCUUGGGGAGGUAAAGUACUACCUCGGGAUGCACGUGGAGAGGGAUCCAGAUCACAGGUGGUUGAAGCUGCACCAGGAGAAGUUCAUCAAGGAGCUGGGGGAGAAGUAUGGGAUUGAGAAUGAGCGCAAGGUUGCAACUCCCCUGCCAGCAGAAUUCAAGCUUGUGAAGGCUGCAGAGGAUGAAGGGGUUGAAGCUGAAGAGCAGCAGCAAUUUCAGUCCUUGGUGGGCAGCCUCUUGUACGCAGCAGUUCACACGAGGCCCGACAUCUCUUUCUCGGUUGGGCAGCUGGCUAGGGUGGUGCAGAAUCCAUCAGAGGAGCAGGUGGAUGCAGCUGAGCGUGUGGUGAAGUACCUGAACUCUCACCCAAGCAUUGGAGUUCAAUACUCCGCAUCUGCACAGGUGAAGCAGAAAGGGGUGGAGGUGCUGAAAGAGAAGGGAGAGAGGCUUGGAGAAGGCAAGCUAUUUCUCACUUGCUUUACCGAUGCUACAUGGGCUUCUGAGAAGGAGGAUUCCUCAUCUGUGGGAGGAUACAUCUGCGUAGUUGGGGGAGGACCUGUUAGUUGGAGGUCCAAGAAGCAGACGGAGACGGCACUCUCUUCCGUAGAAUCAUUGUACAUGGCGAUGUUCCAUGGGGUUAAGGAGGUGAUUUAG